AUGGCUUCCCUCUACUCUCAAGUCGUGCUGGUGAUCCUGCUGACUUUGGCUCUUGUGGCCACAACAACAGCACUUCCUAGCUCACUCUCCUAUCAACCCGGCCAAGAAUUUGUUUUCAAUUUACAUGGAUCUGUUGAUGCCCGUGGUUUUGUGCAAUCACAAGGUCAGACCACUAACGGUACAACCUCCACGCUAGAUUCCACCUAUGUGCACCGAUGUAAUCAAAUUAAUAACGACGGUUCAUUCAUUUUCGUGAUGAACAUGUUCAAUACAGAAGUGGGUGUGGGACAAAGCGUACCAGAAGCUGUGAGAAGCAAGACUCGUUUGACAUCAUCUGCUGCUGGCUUGAAGAAAAAACCAACCACAAGCCUCGUUUCAUUGGGAGAUGCUGAACCAUUGGGUUAUGACAUGUACUUCCAACAAUUACCAAAUGGACAAAUCACCAAUGUGUGGUACGAAAGCGAUGAUUCGCUUUAUUUUGUUAAUGUCAAGCUCAGUGCCAUCACUGCUUUCCAAACCUAUGUGACUCAAAGCGUAGCCAAUGGAGUAUUAGAGCAAGAUCCUGUCGGUGUGCAUACAAGCAACUAUCAAGGUGUUAGCAGCAACGUGUUGACCUUGAACAAGCAAUUCAGCCAGAACAACUUCCGCUCUUUCUCAGACUCUGCUGUCACUACCAACAAUGUGCAAAUUUCUGCAUCCUCUCAAACAGUCAUUCAUGCAUCUGGUUAUAUCAUACAAACAUCUACCUCUCAAAUCACCAACGCAAUUUCCAUGCAACUAGGAAAUGCUGCAUUGAAAAGAUCUCAAACUUACACUAACUCGACUGGUUUUGACAUGAAUAUGAGAAGCUCUGGCUCAUUAACUAUUAUUUUGGCAAACCAACAAAAAUUAGAAUCAUUUGCCAACAUUUCACCAAUUAAUAAUGCUAACUUUACAAAGGCAACAUUGUUUGAAGCUGGAAAGAACGUUAUUGCAGGCUUGUCGUUGCAAAAUUAUCAUUUACCAACAGUAAGCCAAGAACCUGCUGUGAUGAUUCAAUCAGUUUUGGAAUCCAGAGAACCAUUAGUCAAGCACCACAAGUCUUUGAAGGCGCUCGUCAAGUAUUUCUCAAGCUCUGCUCCAGUUGUUCUUUCUUCUCUCGACACUGUCAAGUCCGUUCUUCUCAAACACAUCAGCUUGUUGAGACAAAACAAUGACAAGAUUAUGAGAAGCAAGUUGUUUUAUAUUUUAUCUGGAUCACAACACUUUGAAGAAUUGCUUGUCAACGAGUUUAUUGAUUACGCUAUUGCUGAGAAGCAACCUGCUUUGAGUAAUGAGCUCUUGUUCCAUGCAAUCCUUGCCAUCAACACUGGAUUGAGACAACCAUCCAAUAUCAGCAUUCGUAAGAUUCAUGCUCUAUUCUUGAAAUACAGCUCUCAAACUAGUUCAAACAUUAGAGACGCAGCUAUAUUAUCAUUUGGUUCUUUGGUUUCUAGAGAUUCUGUUAGCCCUGCAGUUAAAAGAGAUGCUGCUAACACUUUGCUUGAAAUGUUGGAUCGUAUUACUGCUUCUUCAGAACUCAGAAAUAACGAUGCUCACUUGGUUGUUAGCAUUUUAGGAGCUAUUUACAACGCAGACUCUAUUUUCCAACCAGAAGAGAUUAUUAAGAGAGCUCUUAAACUUCUCUCCACUGAAACCAACCCAAGCAUUGUUUCUGCACUCAAGAUGGUAUUGACCUCUUUUGCCAAGAAACACUCUAUUCCAUUUGGCAAGCUCAUGCUCAAUGAUUCUCCAUAUCCUUACAAUAGAUCCAUUUCUCAGGAUUACAAUGUUGGAGGUGAAACCAUCUCAGUUGACAUUCACGGUGAUUUAUUUGUUGGAACUAACUUUGAUUGCAAUCAUCCACAAUUCAACUACUUGGGAAAGGCUGAGGCUUAUGCUAACGUUAACGUCUUAGGUGUUAAACAAUCCUCUAUCUUUGACGCUAAGGCUGCUUAUGGUAAACAGGGAUCAGUUGCUGUUGCUAACGAAAUCUUUUUGAGUGUUUUUGAUAAGGUCGUCUAUCAACAAACUUUACCUACUCAACUCAUUGAUUGCAACUUGCACACUUAUCAAUUAUAUCAUGCUUCACCUGGAUUUAGCUUCUCUUACACUGUGUGGGUUUCAAUUGUCCCAAUUACAUUUUCUGCUGGUGCUGAUUUAGUGUUAAAUGCUCAAUGGGGAUGGCAAGUGUGUGACGCUCAAUUGAGUGCCAUGGUUGAACUUAUUCCAUCUGCUGAUUUGGUCAUCUCAGGAAAGGCAGAGAUUGACUUGUUGAUCAUUAGAGGAGGUGUUGAAUUGGAUGCUUCAUUCCAAGCUGCACUUGUACCUCAAGCUUAUGUCCAUGGAACUUUGUGCACUGUUGGUAUCGAUGUGCAAUUACAAACUCAACCAAUGUCUGCUGAUUUACAAGCCUACUAUAUGUGGAGAGAUUGCAAAUAUUGGAUCUUUGAUUGUCAUUGGGGACAACAUGACACUAAGACUUUAUGGUCUUGGUCAUUACCAGCUCAACAACAAACUCUAUUCAACAAGGAAUGGAAAAUUCAAGUGUAA